AUGGGGGAUUUUAAUGCAAUUGUGAGCAUGGAUGAUAGAAUUGGCUCCCCAGUUAGACUUCAUGAUAUCUUUCCCAAGAAGCAAUGUAUGGAUGCAUGUCAGCUUACUGAAGUCAAAACUGUUGGUAGGCACUUUACUUGGAACAACAAACAAGAUGGUGAAUCAAGGGUUUUCACAAGAAUUGAUAGAGUUCUGUCUAAUUCUUUAUGGGAUGACAAAUUUCCUACUACUGAAGCCAUGUAUUUACCUGAAGGAACUUAUGAUUAUAGCCCUAUGAUUUUGUCCACCACUAGUCAUAAUUCUCAGAAAAAACCCUUCAGAUUCUACAACACGUGGACUUCUUCUUCAAAUAUGUUCAGAGUUACUCAGAAGCUUAAAUGGAUAAAGGGUGAUCUUAGAUCUCUGAACAAAAAGGGGUAUAGCAAUGUUGAAGCUUUGAAGCUUGUCAGACAAAAACAACUGUUGGAAAUUUCUGAAGAGAAGGCCACUGCAGAAUCUUACAGAAUUUCCAAUGAUAAUCUUUUGUCCUUUCUUCACCAAACAGCUAAAGUCCAAUGGCUAGAGAAGGGUGAUGAAAACUCUAGACUGUUUCAUCAAAGUAUCAAGCAAAGAAGGAAGCAUAAUGCUAUUCAUUUAUCCAGAAUGCUGAGGACCAGUUUUAACCCCAUCAUCAUGGAAAGAGGGCCUAAGUUAACUGAGGCUCACAAAGCUAUGUUAACAUGUGAUUUAAGUGUUUCUGAUGUUAACAGAGUUCUGGAUGAUAUCCCUAGUAACAAAACCCCUGGUCUAGAUGUCUUUAAUAGCCACUUCUUUAAGAUUACUUGGGAAACCAUCAAACAUGACUUCGAUGCUGCCAUUGCAGAGUUUUUCUGA